AUGGAAGCCAAGGUACCAUGGAAGAAAGGGGCUCUUGAGGAGCAAUACACCUACGUUGUGAUGGACCAGCGGCCUGAGCCCAAGGCCAGCCUUCCCUGGGCACAAGCUUCAUUGCCCCGGAACCUGGCCUUCCAAUAUGACAGCAACGAUCAGGUGAAAACCGUGGUUAGCAGAGAGUAUAUCCCACAAGGAACAUGUUUUGGACCACUAGUUGGAAAGAUCUGCACUGGACUGAAAAUGUCAAGGAGUAUGGAUCCGAAGCACUUCUGGAAGGUUUUUUCCUCAGAAGGAGAGCUUCACCAUAUAUUGGCUGUGAACGAUCCAGAUUGCAGCAACUGGAUGUGUUAUGUGAACUCAGCUGAAGCCCAUCCAAACCAGAACCUAAUGGCCAUCCAAUACAACCUGGAGAUCUAUUUCUACACUGUGACACCGAUUUUGGAUGGAGAGGAACUUCUGGUAUGGGACGCUCGUGACAUCUCCAAACACAUCUCAUCUUUGCAGCCAGGGAAUCUGAUAUCUCAACCAGGUGAGAGUGCUACCGAUGCCAUGGCCAUCAUAAUCCAGUAUUUUAGAUAG